GAUCUUAUCAUCUUAAUGUGAUAAUACAACCAAGAAACAAGGAAAUGGCGGCGCCGAACAUGGAUCAGUUUGAAGAGUUUUUCAAAAGAGCAGAUUUAGACUGUGAUGGUAAAAUCAGUGGAGCUGAAGCUAUCAAUUUCUUUCAGGGAUCCAACUUGCCUAACCACGUUCUCGCUAAGGUAUGGAUGCAUGUUGAUCAGGAUAAAACUGGUUUCCUUGCGCGGAAUCAAUUUUUUGAUGCUUUGCGAUUAGUAACUGUUGCACAGAGUAAGCGAGAUUUAACUCCUGAUAUUGUGAAGGCAGUGUUAUUUGGUCCAGCUGCUGCUAAAAUCCCUGCUCCGCAGAUAAAUCUUGCUACUAUCGCUCUACGACCCGUUGAAAGUGCUCCAAGUAACUCUUUCUCAUUGUCCGUGGACGAAAUGGUAUUAAGUAGCAGUACAAAUAGGGGCAAAAUCGAGGCAUCGAUGAAUUUCGGUUUCAGUUUAAAUUCCUUACCUGCAAGAAGUGAAAUUGAAGGUCAUACAACAAGGGUGCUAUCAGAACAAGAAAUUUUGCAAGAUGAAGAAAUUGACAUUGACCUCAAGUCAUUGAGCCUUAAGGAAGUAGAUGAACUAUACAACCGACCCAAAAAUGGAGCGAUAUAUGAUGAGGUUUCGGCCAAAUGGAUAACCAUUAAGGAACGAUUGAAAUUUUUGUCAAAGAAAAAUGAGAAUCUCUCAAUUGAUGAGGCUAUUGAAAUAUAUGAUGCAUCAGUUCUAAUGAAGCUUAUGAGAAAACAUGAAGAUGAGUUUGAAAAGGCGGGGAAAAUGGCUCAUAGUGGUGUGCUCUUAAUGCUUCAAGCAGAAACGCUAAGCAAGAAAGGGCGCCAACUACUUGCGAUGAGUAAAACCAAAUUGCAGAUAGUAGACAUCGAUGUUAUGAUUGGUGAUGAAAAGAAUGUAGAAGGAAAAGAUUGAUAAAAAUAUUUUACUGUUUGAUUUGACAGAAAACGAAAGAAAAAAAAUAUUUGUAUGACUUAAUUAUUAUAUUUUGGCCAAUACACUUAUACACCUCUUUGUUUUCCAAUGGUUUUUACCAUUGUUUGUACUGCUAUAUUUUGAUUUUUUUAAUAUAUAAUAUAUAAUAAAGAGGUAUUCGAAGUACACUUCACCAAAACAUAAAAAUAAAAAAACAAAGAAA